AAAAAAUGAAUUUAAAAAAAUCUAUGGGGUAUUUUGAGCUGAAACUUCACAGACACAUUCAGGGGACACCUUAGACUUAUAUUACAUCUUUUAAAAAGAAGUUCUAGGGCACCUUUAAUAUUUUGGAUGGUGUGGAUGUGACAGUAAUUGGAGUGGAUCAUGAUUAAAUAAUUAUUGUCAACUUGGCAUUAAAAGCACUGAAAUGCUGAUGACAUCUUGCCUGGUAAAUUAUGAACAAAUUUUUCACCACUUAUUCAUGUUUACAAGCAGACAAUUCUGAGUGUUACUCACAAUUUAAACCAUAUUUGUGAAUUACAGCAGGGUAUUUGUGUUUAGUCCUCGGACAAAAAGCGACCUUUCUCCCUAUUUAAUAUUUAUUUAUUUAUUGUUUUGUAAUGCAUAAAAUAUGUCGUAGAAUGCUUUUCAUAUUAAAUAUUGUAUUGACAUUAAAUUAAAAAAAUUCUUAACAUUUAUAUUAUAUCAUAAAACUGCACAUGUAUGAAUAAAGCUGUAUUCAGAAACAUAUUUUGAAUAUUUUGAUUUACUUUUUGAAACUGACACAAGUUUUCUUAUGUACACAUGUAGCCUUUCAGGUAAAUAAACAGUUCAGCUCAGAGCUUAUCUUUAUGUUUAGCUAUAUUUCAAUACAUAGUACAUGAUUUAUUUUAGCAAUUAAUGAUCUACAAUUUUUUUCAUGUAGAUUAUGACAUUUCUAUGCAUAUAAUUUUUUUCUAAACGUCAAAUGGAGGUCCUCCCAUCUACAACACUGACUCUUUUUCAUGAGCAAUUAUCUAAUCUCAAGCCUUGGCUAUUUGGAUAUAAGGCAGUAAUAAGCUGGCCAUUGAAUUUGCAUAGUGGAGUAGUAAAGAAGUAGGAAGAGAGCAGUUCUACAUUUGCCAGUGAGGAACAUGGUAUCCAUCUUAUAUUUCAGCUAUAGAGAGCAAAGGAAGCCGGUUUAAUAAGAAAUGAAUGAACAAGUGAUCAAACAGGUUUGCCCUUGUGUUUGCUGAGCAUCUGUCAGGUGAUCGCUGUCAACUGCGUUUGAAUAUGGAUCCACUCCGGUCAUAGUUUAUUCGUAAAAUGGAAAUAAUGGAGGAAAAUUGAAGCUUGAAAAGGUAGGCUUUGGUACUUUAUUAGUGCUUUCCUUUUUAAAAUGUAAUAAACCUACAAUGUCCUUUGUCCUUUCCUAGAGAGUAUCUCAAAAUAGACAUAUUUAAUCUAAAUACUUUAUGCAGUAUAUAUUAAAUCCUUUUAUAGUAUAUAAAAUACUGUGUGAACAGUAUAGCCCGAUUGACUAAGCCAAUUUAGGCCUUAGUUCAGUAGCUUUUAUAAAUGUUCCCUAGAAAAAAACAUUACUGGUGUGCAUCUUGAGACAAAACAAUAGCAUAUUUUAAGAUAUGUCAGUGCAAGUUGCUUUCAGUUAAAACAGCUCAAACAUGCAUUUUAGUCUUGGACUAGCUUAAGCCUUGUCUGUGAAACCAGGGGUUUAUGUUAUAUAACAUGAUACUGAUUCUUGCCAGGUUAAAUACAUGUAUGUAUAACAACUGAUAUCAAUAAACGCAGCAUUAGUAACUUUAUGUACUUAAUUUCCAGGGCUGUACAUGGCAGAAAGACAUGAUUUUCUUUACCACUUUGAGUCUGUCCUUUGGAGAAAUUCAACUGCUAUUCUCAGAGAAAGUGGAGUAUAGUAUUUUGGCCAUAUCUGCUCUCCUUUUCCUUAUAGCCCUCUGUCUUUUAAUAUGGCAGAUUUACCGCUACUGUACACUUUUUCCUGUUUUACAAAGAGCUGGGAAUAUUGUGCUAGCAGAUGCCGUAUUGCCUAAAAGCGGAGGUUUUCAGUAUGGUACACAAACACGAGACUCUAAGAUGGAGGUUCAUUAUGAGGAACUGAGCCACCAACUGUCACCUGGCUCCUCUUGCACCAACCUGGGCAGUAGUUUCGACCUGGAUAGCAUGGUUGACCUUGAAGAGGAGCACAUCCAGGGAUCUCUGCGCUUUUCACUGUUCUAUGAUCAGCUGCAGGCCAGACUGGUGGUGACCGUACUGGACGCCCAGGAUCUGGCCGUGCGAGACUUCAGUCACAGUGUGGACCCUUUUGUUUGGGUGCGAUUGCUGUGGGCAGAGAGAGAAGAUGAGGAGCAGUGUUCACUGCACAGUGUGCUGCACGAGUGGCAGACGCGUCUAGUGAAGAAGAGCUGCAGUCCUGUGUUUGGAGAUCAGUUCUCUUGUGCUCUGGCUGAGAAGGAAGUAUCAAGAAUCACUGUUAAAUUUGAGGUUAGGGACUUUGAUAAAUACUCAAGACAUGGAAUUCUGGGAGAGGCUCGUGUUCCCCUGAACAGUCUGAAGAUAUCGUAUCCCCUAGAGUUAAGACAGGAUCUGCAAGUACCCAAGAAAGACAUGGUUGGUGAGGCGCUGCUCUCCCUGAAAUACUUGCCUACAUCUCAGAGGCUGGAGGUGGGAGUGUUGAAGAUCCGCACAGUCUGUCAUCCCAAUAAAACUGAGAGAGCUCUCUAUGCCAGAAUCAGCGUCACCUGCAACCAGUGCAAACUUCGACAUCAGAGGACAACACAGAAGAAGCGCUGGGAGGUGACUGUGUUUAAUGAGGUCAUGACCUUUGUGUUGCCUGAUCAACAGAUAAGAGAAUGCUCCAUUCUAGUGUCUGUUUUUGAACUUCAGCCUUCAAAGAAGUCCUCCAAGCGUUUGAUUGGUAACAUCCACCUCAAAACGGACAAGACCACAGAGAAUGAGCACUGGAAGCUGAUGAUGCAAUCACUACGACAGCCAAUCGCUAAGUGGCAUUUAAUCUUCAUUUGAAUACGUCUCAUGUUUAUUGACACACACAAGCUCUCAUUUCCCGAGGUGGGAGGUCAUACUCCCAACUUGUGUGUGUUUUCAGGUGGUAAUGUGGAAACAGCAUGUGCGCUGUCAGGAAUAAAAAGCGCUGAAGGUUUAUUAUUAGCGUUUCUUCAUCUAUGGACACUCUUGGCACCAUGGACUUUAUAUAUAUAUUUUUUUUUGGACUUUAACUUUUCACUUUUUAACUAACAGUAAUAUAUAACAGAAGAGAUAUUGCACCAUUUUUAUAAUAGAAUCAUUUUAUAUAAUAAUAAUUAUAACAUUUCCACUACAUCUCAAAUUAUGAAUUUUGUUUGGUAACGUUUUGUGAUGGAAAUUACAUUUUAAACAUUUUUGGAAUCCAAGGACUGACACCACUGUCUUGCUAAGGCUAAUUUCAUAGCUGACAUUUUAUAUAUUCUAAAUUUAGCUAGAUAUUUUCACACUUUAAUGUAGUAAUUAAUCAUCAGUAGUUUGUCAAAAAUACAGCUUGUUUGGAAAUGAUGCACAAUAAAAAUUAGUUGUUUUUUCAUUUUGGUAAAUAUGACCAUUUUAUUGGUCAUAUGUGAAGAAUGUUCUUCACUGACACUGUCUCUUGGUAUUUAAAAGCUAAAAAUUUGUUUUUGUUUUUACUGUAUAUUGUUCUUUUCGAAGGACAAGUUACCUACUGUAUCCACAAGAUGGCUCUCUAACACCAAUAGACUAAUCAGGCUUAUCCGUUCUUUUGACCUAACACGUCAGCCCUCUGAAUGAGGCAUUUGUUCAAGUAGUUGCACUGAACUCAUGUUGAUGUUAGUUUAGGGUAAUUUCCUAUAUAUAAUCAUAAUAAUAUCUUAAUUCUAAUGCCCCACCCACAAUUCUAAUAGAUUAACACUUCAGAACGAUUAUUGUUAUUUGACCAACUAUAAUACAGCACAUGAGGAUAAAUGUGAUUCAGCAAGCCUGCAGUGCAUAUCUAAAUAUUUAAUUGACAGUAAACUGUCACCAAGCAUGUGUUAACAUUUCUUUCCCAUCAUCUAUCUCCACACUGAAUGCGUCUGUAAUGAAAGACUUCUCACAGAUGGAUUUCUGCUGCAAAAGUUGCACACAUCACCCAUCAUUUCCAGCCCAAUGAAGCACUGGCUCACUGCUAAAAUUGCAAAGCCAGACUCAGCACUUGUGAAGGCUACAUCAUUAGUGUGAUGCUACGAUAACAACGUUUGGAAGGAGAACAGACAUUAAACAGAUGAGCAUCCCAAUGGCACUUUAUUUAGUUUUUGGCCUGCCUCCAGUUUGUUUGAAGUUACUGCAUGCUCCUGUCUUGUAGGAGUAGAUAAUGAAUUAAGGAAAAUAUCUCGACUUUGACUCAUAAUGAGCAGAUGUUACGGCACCUCCGCUGCUCAAGGCCAUUCCCAGGCAUUACAUCUCUCUCUUCAAGGACUGUUUGGUAAAUGAUUCCUUCCACAAUCUGUUAAUGAAAGUCACGAUGGGAUUUGGGAGUGAGAAGGGUGAGAAUGAGAAAUCUGGGGCCUUGGAAGGGAGAAAUGCAUUCCUUCUUUUCUUGUUUUUAUGUAAAACCGCAAUAUUACUUCUAUAGUCUUAAUAGUACCCAGCAGGGCUUAGAAAUACCAGGACAUUUCACCUCACCUAAACUUUAAUGUUACUGGAGUAAUGAUGCUGAAAAUUCAGCUUUGCCAUCACAGGAAUAAAUAACAUUUUUAAAUAUAUUAAAAUAGAAAACAGUUAUUUUAAAUA